AACUAAGAAUAUAGUCAACUUUAUAAUUGUUAAUGCUCGAAAAAUAAUACGUCUUGAUGACUGCAGCCUACAAAUGCGACCUCCGGAGGCUGCAGCCUUCGGAUUGAGCAACGGCCAUUCGGAUUGGGCGAUUAUAAAAAUUCAAGGAUUACACUUGAAAAAGACCGCCAUUUGACAAAAUUGUGGUUUACUUUAUGUAAACGUGAGUGUUUAAACUAUAAGGAAAGUUAACAACGAGUUUUUAUAAUGAGAAAACAGUACAUUUAUGGUUUUACGUCAAAUACCGUAGUUAAAUUACUGUAGUAAAACCUACGGUUAUUUUUUUAUAUAGGAAUGUGUGAGUAUGCAAUUUUAUUUUUGACAAUUUGUAUUACUGUUUACUGUUUUUCUUGGACAUAAUAGACUGUGAUUAAUUAAGAAAUAAUGUCCGAGUCAUGCAGUCCAUCCUCGUCCAGUGUCAGAUUGUGAGAGUCAUCAUCAGACUCAUCAUCCUCAGCAGUGACAGUGACAGGAGAGGUGAGGCAGACCACGUGACGGGGGGUAUCAGGACAGAUUAGUGAAUAGAUGCUCGUGGACCUGUAAUGGCUCUGCUCCGACAGUCCAUGCAGGCAGAACACUUUGAUGGGCUAUCUCUCCUCUACUGGACAAUAAUGGGGCCACAUGGCAUCAAUCGAGCUGUGGAAAGACUAGAUUUCACAGACUGUAAAAAAGGACUUGGUGUGAAGAUUAUUGGGGGCUACAGGGAACAGAGUGGUGAAGAGUUUGGUAUUUUCAUUAAACGGGUUUUACCAGGUGGCGUGGCGGCACAGGACGGGCGUCUUAAAGCGGGGGACCUUAUUUUAGAUGUCAACAACAUAAAUUUAGGGGGUGUUACAACUGACAGGGCAGUGGAGAUUCUUCGCAUGGCAUCUGCUGCAAAUCACAUGUCUUUACUGAUCGUUCGUGAUGAAGCUUCAAGGAGGGAAUUCGCUGAACUCAUGGAAAAAUACGGUUCGGGCAGCAGUGCUAGUUCUGGAUCAGACCGGACAUCUCCCACUUCUAUUUCCACAGGUAAGCUGACCGACACGGCUUCCUCUUCUUCAUCUUCAAGAUCAACCAGUCCUCUGCUUCUGAGCCCUAAAGACCCGAAUCCAGUGUACACCACCGCCGGCAUUGCCUCUUCUCCUCCACAAGUCUGCACAGACUGCAUGAUUCAGUUAAUAUGUGUUGCCAAAGAGAAAGGAUUAGGCUUGGUCAUCAGGGGCGGAGCUAACCGUGCGGAGGGUCCAAUGGUGUUCAUUCAGGAAAUAAUGCAAGGAGGCGACUGCCAAAAAGAUGGGAGAUUGAAGGCUGGAGACCAGAUUAUAUCCAUCAAUAAAGAGUCACUUGUAGGAGUAACACACGAAGAAGCCAAAACCAUACUCCUUCGUACAAAACUCAGACCGGACCCUACAAUAGAGAUAGCAUUUAUCAGACGAAGGUCUUCUUCAGGCUCCAGCAGUGGACCUCACAGUCCCAUCUCCCUUCAGCCUCCCCCCAGCACCGGCCCACAGCUCAGGCCCGCUGGACUGGGGGGAGCGACUCUUCAUGGAGGCCUCGUUCCUAAAAUAGCCAACACACCCAACUCUGAAAGUGAGACACUGCCUUCUGUAGAACUUACUAAGGUACGAACCAUAUUAGGAAAGCCUGAGCUAACCCCUGUGUCCUCACCUGAGAGUGCCUACACCACAGUGGCCAACUCUGAUACAUGCAUAACAGCUGCCUGUAAGCCCAUCAAUACUUCAAGACCCGCAGAACCUUUGGUUUCCAGUCCCAGCAUCAAGCCUGGGAAGACACAGCAGGCACUGGAGGUCCUGGGAUUGAAACCUACUGUGUGUCAGGUUCACACUCCAAGAGAAAGACUUUUAUUGAGCCCAGGACAGACAGUGGCCUAUGGAGAUUUUGACAGUGUGGCACAGGAACUCUUUAAACUACCGCCUAAGUCUAACUCAGAAAAAGAAGUAGCGAGAUUGACAUCAGAUGAUCUCAUUGAUUCUCUAUCAAACCCUACGCCAUCAUUAUCAGACUGCGAUGAUCUGGAUGAUAUAGAGAGAUUAAGAAAAGAUCACAUAGAGGCCUUGACUGAGAUCAAGAGACUACAGGAUAAGCUGGCAGAAUCCCAGAGCCUUAAUCGAAACAUGCAACAGGAACUAACAAAAGUUAAACAGGAUGCAAAAUCUGCAGUGGAUGAGUGCCGAUCCCUUCGGACCCGGAUCCAUCUGGCAGAGGAUGCUCAAAAACAGGCCCGGGGCAUGGAGAUGGACUAUGAAGAGGUUAUCCACCUGCUGGAAGCUGAGAUUGCCGAAAUGAAGUGUCAGAGAGCGGAGCAUCCUGGCCAGUGCAAGGAGGAGCUACAAGACCUGAUAAAGAGGAUUGCCAUACUCGAAUGUCGACUACGAAAGAGCGAAACCGCAAAGAAGAGUUUCGAGGUCCCUAUGGGGAAACUUCUACAAUUUGUGGAGGCUGUCCAAGACUUCCUCUCUGAAAAUCAAAGUUGUCCAAAAGGCUAUAGUUCUCCAAGUGAUUCUCAGUCUAUGGCUUCUAGAGGAGGAAGAAAAGCAGUUUUGACAGCGUCUGCUCUUGCAUUGGAAGCUAAAGAAUUAAGUCAUGCUGUCAAAGCCGUUCUAGAGCUGGACUGUAUGUGAUGCCUGCAGGUGCAUUGUGUGCUCCUCUAAGAAACCAAACAUCUUAAUUGCCAUUUUCCUCAUGAACCAUGAGCAUUCUGGUUAUCUGUCCCGUAACCCACAGUGAAUUAGGGCGCAGUCACAUUAUACUUAACCCUACCGAACCGUACCCAAGUACGAUUGUCCCCCUUCCGCACUCCCCCUCUGAUCUGCACUCGCACUACACUUUAUGAUCCAACUCGACUAUGCUUACAUAAUUUAAAAGAUACGACUACUUUGAACAAAACUGAAAGAUAUGUGUGAUAAAGUACCAAAACCCAACAACCAAAAUAAAAACGUACCAGAAACCACCUCUGCAAGCAUACAAGGGUACGCUAAAGGGGCGGUCACACUUGACUUUGAGCAUGCAAAUAUUACACUCUAAAAAUGGCUCAGUUACUGGGAUUUUCAUGCACAACCAUUUCUAGGGUUUACAAACAAUGGUGUGAAAAGGGAAAAACAUCCAGUAUGCGGUAGUCCUGUGGGCGAAAAUGCCUUGUUGAUGCUAGAGGUCAGAGGAGAAUGGGCCGACUGAUUCAAGGUGAUAGAAGAGCAACUUUGACUGAAAUAACCACUUGUUACAACCGAGGUAUGCAGCAAAGCAUUUGUGAAGCCACAACACGCACAACCUUGAGGCGGAUGGGCUACAACAGCAGAAGACCCCAUCGGGUACCACUCAACUCCACUACAAAUAGGAAAAAGAGGCUACAAUUUGCACAAGCUCACCAAAAUUGGACAGUUAAAGACUGAAAAAUGUUGCCUGGUCUGAUGAGUCUCGAUUUCUGUUGAGACAUUCAGAUGGUAGAGUCAGAAUUUGGCGUAAAUACAAUGAGA